AUGGAACCAUCAACCAUUGCAAACAUCUAUGAAGUGACCACAGAAGAUUACGAUUAUGACUCAACCCCAUGCCAUAAAGGAGAUGUCAGGGCUUUCGGGUCUCAACUGCUGCCCCCCUUGUACUCCCUGGUAUUUGUCAUUGGCCUGGUUGGCAACAUCCUGGUGGUCCUUGUCCUUCUGCAAUAUAAGAGGCUCAAGAGCAUGACCAGCAUCUACCUCCUCAACCUGGCCGUGUCUGACCUGCUCUUCCUCUUCACGCUGCCCUUCUGGGUUGACUACGAUCUGAAGGAUAACUGGAGGUUCGGCAAAGGCAUGUGUAAGUUUCUGUCGGGGCUUUACUUCAUAGGCCUGUACAGUGAGAUCUUUUUCAUGAUCCUGCUGACCAUCGACAGGUACCUGGCCAUUGUCCAUGCAGUGUUCGCUCUGCGGGCCAGGACUGUCAUCUUUGGUAUCAUCUCCAGCCUCGUCGCCUGGGUUCUGGCCAUCCUGGCUGCCAUUCCGGGCUUUUACUUUUCUAAUAUCCAAUGGGAGUCCAGUCAUUUCACCUGCAGCCUUCAUUUCCCUCACCAACACCUAAAACAAUGGCAACAGUUCCAGGCUCUGAAAAUGAACAUCUUGGGGCUGGUUCUGCCCCUGGUGAUCAUGAUCAUCUGCUACACGGGAAUUAUAGAGAUUCUGCUCAGACGCCCCAAUGAGAAGAAGGCCAGAGCCGUCCGCCUGAUUUUUGUCAUCAUGAUCCUCUUCUUUCUCUUUUGGACCCCCUACAACCUGACUUUGUUUAUUUCUGCUUUUCAAAAUGAAAUCUUGGCGAAUGAGUGUGAGCAGAGCAAACAGCUGGACCUGGCCAUCCAGGUGACGGAGGUGAUCGCCUACACGCACUGCUGCAUCAACCCCAUCGUCUACGUCUUUGUGGGCGAGAGGUUCCGCAAGUACCUGCGCCAGCUGUUCCACAGGCUCCUGGUCGUGCGCCUGGCCAAAUGGCUCCCCUUCCUCCGCACCGAGAGGCUGGAGAGGACCAGCUCCACGUCCCCCUCCACCGCUGAGCAAGAGCUCUCUAAUGGGUUCUGA